AUGCUUCAUUUUGUUCUUGUUUCUUUUGUGUUUUUCACCUCUAUCAAAGAUGGAUGUGCAAGGAAAGGGAUCACUAGCUCUUUUGUAAGGUCAGAGUGGCCAUCUGUGGAUAUCCCACUUGAUCAUGAAGCAUUUGCAGUUCCGAAGGGUCAUAAUGCACCUCAGCAAGUGCAUAUCACACAAGGUGAUUAUGAAGGAAGAGCAGUAAUCGUCUCAUGGGUGACCCCAGAUGAACCAGGGUCCAGCCAUGUACAAUUUGGCACAUCAGAGAAAAAAUUUCAAGCUAGUGCAGAAGGAACAGUUUCAAAUUACACUUUUGGCGAAUACAAGUCUGGUUACAUUCAUCAUUGUCUUGUUGAAGGCCUUGAGCAUGAUGCCAAAUACUACUACAGAAUUGGAAGUGGUGAUUCUUCUCGAGAAUUUUGGUUUGAAACACCUCCUAAAGUUGAACCAGAUGCCCCUUACAAAUUUGGGAUCAUUGGUGAUUUGGGGCAAACAUUUAAUUCUCUUUCCACUCUUGAGCACUAUAUAGAGAGUAAAGCACAGACUGUUUUAUUUGUUGGAGAUCUGUCUUAUGCUGAUAGGUAUAAGUACAGUGAUGUUGGCUUACGGUGGGAUACAUGGGGCCGAUUUGUUGAAAGGAGUACAGCAUAUCAGCCAUGGAUAUGGAAUACUGGAAACCAUGAAAUAGAAUACUUUCCUUACAUGGGAGAAGUUGUUCCAUUCAAGUCCUAUCUUCAACGAUAUACUACUCCUUAUUUGGCGUCCAGUAGCAGCAGCCCCCUUUGGUACGCAAUCAGGCGUGCAUCUGCUCAUAUAAUUGUACUAUCCAGCUAUUCACCAUACGUGAAAUACACACCACAAUAUAAAUGGCUCGCUGAAGAGCUGACUCGGGUUGAUAGGGAAAAGACACCUUGGCUCAUUGUUCUCAUGCAUGUGCCCAUCUACAACUCUAAUGAAGCUCACUAUAUGGAAGGUGAAAGCAUGCGAGUGGUUUUCGAGAGCUGGUUCAUCAAGUAUAAGGUUGACGUGAUCUUUGCUGGCCACGUCCAUGCUUAUGAAAGAUCGUAUCGAGUCUCCAAUAUAGAUUACAACAUAACAAGCGGUAACCGGUAUCCAGUAGCGGACAAAUCAGCACCUGUGUACAUAACAGUUGGAGAUGGAGGAAAUCAAGAAGGUCUUGCUUCUAGGUUUUGGGAUCCUCAGCCAGAAUACUCUGCAUAUCGUGAAGCAAGUUAUGGACACUCCACAUUGGAGAUAAAAAAUAGGACCCAUGCUAUCUAUCACUGGAACCGCAAUGAUGAUGGCAAGAAAGUUUCAACUGAUUCAUUCGUAUUGCAUAAUCAGUAUUGGGGAAACAAUAGGAGAAGAAGAAAACUGAAGCAUUUUCUAUUGAAAGUUAUUGAAGAAGUUGCCAGCAGUUAA